AUGACGGCCAAAACCGUUCGGCUACAGGAUCCUAGGAACCGCCGCGUUACUAAAGAGUGCGGGAUGUCCGACGUAAAUGCAGCGAAUCGUGCGCAACGCAACCAGGCAGAAGCGGCAUCAUUCAAAUUAACGCGGGAACUCUGCGUAGCUGACGGUGGCUAUGAGGCAGUACGCGAGCGGGUGUCGGCAAUUAAGGCAGCGGCGACGGAACAUCUAGAAGCAGGUCGCCUGGAUGUCGCAUUAUCAGGUUAUCUCAUGGGUAUUCACAUGUGUGUCGGUGGUGAUUAUCCCACCACAAUAUGUCCGGCGACGUCACCGACGCCCGUGGGUAGAGUUUUAGUAUUGGCACUCCGAUCCCUCUGUACGCUGCAGCAUUUUCGCUGUCAAUCCGCAGAUGGUGUCGAUCCCGCUGUGCUAACUUCUCUACUUCUGAACGUGACCCUCUGCUGCUUAAAGCGUGAAGACUGGCCACCCGCGGCAGCGGCCGCUUCCAUGGUUGUGGACGAAGCCGGGGACAUUGCAUCCCGUACUAAGGCCUGGCUUCGUCUCGCAAAGGCUCGGGGUGAGAUGGGACACACUUGGCAUGCUGAGCAGUGCCUCGCCAAGGUCAAAGCUGCCGGUAAUAAGGCCGGAGCUGGUACUACAUCGAGACGUGCAGCGCGCGAGGCAGCUGCUUACCUCAAAUUGCUUAGGGAGCGGAAUAAAAAGACCAAACGAGAUUUUGGAAAGAUUUUUGAUGGGCAAGACGUGUUGUAUAGCGAACAUGAGCAGGCGCUGCUUCGGAAGCGAGCGAAUUUGGAUGCUAAGGCGUCUACUAAGGUGCACG